AUGGUUGCUGUUCCGUCCAUGCUGCUCGCGUCCUUGGGGCUUACCCUUGUCUUUGCUGGGAACCACAACAAGCUUCUCUGCAACGACGUGGAACAAAAUAUCGACUACCCUGGUUUCGACGUUGGCUCCACGUCCCAAGCCGACUCGUCCGAGUGUUGCAACGACUGCGCUGCGAACGACGAUUGUAAGGUUUGGGUAUGGACGACCUACCAAGGCGGUACCUGCUGGCUCAAGAGCGGUCACGGCGAAGGGGUGCAACUGGAUGGUGCCGUCGCUGGUUCUCUCAACGAUCACGACGAUGAUGACGACGAUGACGACGACGAUUCGGACAUUGAGGAAGACACCGACUACGAAGGCAACGAUCUCACCAGCACCUCCCGCAAGUAUGCGGAGCUCUGUACCCAAGACUGUGAGAACACCGACGGAUGCAAGCUGUUCGUGUGGACCAACCACCAAGGCGGGACGUGCUGGCUCAAGCACGCCAAAGGUGCCAAGCAUAACGUGCCUGGCGCCCGCGCUUUGGUUCUUCGCGGCGAUCACGCCACCACCACGCUCCAACCUGCAUAUUCAACCCGUCCUCCUAAGCCUACGACCACGGAGCCUGGCUACAGUACUCGUGCGCCUGCGACGACUACCACCGCUGCACCCGCGACCACGACAGCUGUUCCCCAAACUACGACGUCUAAACCCACCUCCACCUCACCUGCAUAUUCCACUCGCGCUCCUGUGACCACCACCACAGCUGCCCCUGCCACGAGUACCAAGGCACCCACUACGACAGCCACCCCUGUAAUCACCACCAAGACCCCCACAACUACGACAACUCCUUUGACAACAACUGCCAUCCCAGUCACGACCACGAAAACCCCCGUCACAACCACUGGUACUCCCGUGACAACGACUGCCGCCCCUCGAACUUCAACAAAGGUUCCCACAACCACGUCAAAGGGCACCACUACUGCAGCCCCGGGUUACAACCAAGACUCCCACCACAACCACUACGCCUGUCACGACUACAGCUGCCCCUGUGAGCACAACCGCUGCCCCUGUGAGCACAACCGCUGCCCCUGUGAGCACAACCACUGCCCCUGCAACCACCACUAA